GGCUUUGAGGAACAUGCAGAGUAAACCGGAGGCUGCGCGAGGAGCGUCGGUCCUGCACGCGCGCACACCCAUACACCACACACGCGCGCGCACAGAGAGAGAGAGGGGAAGAGAGAGAGGAAGAGAUGACACGCGCGCUCACACGGCACUAGCCGCGUGCACCGCCGCCUCACCAAGGAGACCCACGCAACCGGAGAGGGGCAAAACAAGCGCGCGCUUCCGCUGACACUGCUGGGGGUAUCCCUUUCUUCCUCCCUUUAUUAACGGGUAUGCGGCGCUGGAUGCGCGGCGGUGACAAAGUGCAUCACUAGGUGCAUCGCAUCGGCUGCCUCGCGCUGCACAAUGGUUGCAACGCUCAGAAUUUCUUCUGUUUGAUGCAUCUCCAGUGUUUGCGCGCGCAGAAAACGGUCUCCUUCCGAUGCUCCACGCUGACGGCCACGGAGAAGUGCCCACGGGGUUCCGCCACCUCACUUUCCCGCGCUGGUGAUUUCGUGUCUCCCGUUUUUUCUGCUUCUUAUUUGUGUUUUUUGUUGCUGGUUUGCAUGGAAGACGGAAAAGAAGAUUGACUCCGCGAGGCUUCCAAAGCAAGGCUGUGUGUGGCGCUACCUCAGACCCGGCCGACAACGCUCACCCUCGCACACCUCUGGCCACCCUCACUUUGGUUUCUUUUUUGGUUGUUGUUGUUUUUUUUUUCCUUUCUUCUUCUUCUUUUUGGUUUUUUUUUUUUUUUUUUUUCCGGACCUUACAGGAUCUGUUGGGAUCUGAGGACUCGCAGGAGGACGUGGACACCGGGACCUCCCAAGUGCGCGAAAGAGCCAAAGGUUCUCUUAAAAAUUCAGAGCUCUUCUCCUCUAAAAAGGGGGGGAGGAAGGUGAAACGCUGAAAGAAAACACAGGCCCUCAGGCGAAAGAGUUGCUGGAUCGAGCCCAAAGACGAUGGUUCACUGUGCAGGGUGCGAGAGGCCCAUACUGGACCGCUUUCUGCUCAACGUGCUGGACCGAGCCUGGCACGUCAAAUGCGUGCAGUGCUGCGAGUGUAAGUGCAACCUGACGGAGAAGUGCUUCUCUCGAGAGGGCAAACUCUACUGCAAAAACGACUUCUUCAGGCGGUUCGGUACCAAAUGCGCAGGCUGUGCUCAGGGCAUCUCUCCGAACGACCUGGUGCGCAGAGCGAGGAGCAAAGUGUUCCACCUGAACUGCUUCACCUGCAUGAUGUGCAACAAGCAGCUGUCCACCGGGGAGGAGCUCUACAUCAUCGACGAGAACAAGUUCGUUUGCAAAGAGGACUACCUGAGCAACAGCAACGUGAAGGACACCAACCUGCUCUCAGUGACCGCAUGCAGCGACCCCAGUCUGUCCCCCGACUCGCAGGACCAGCUUCAGGACGACGUGAAGGACUCGGAGAUCGCCGCCCUCUCCGACAAAGAGGCGGGCAACAACGAAAACGACGACCAGAACCUGGGGGGCAAACGGCGCGGCCCGCGCACCACCAUCAAGGCUAAGCAGCUGGAGACGCUCAAGGCCGCGUUCGCCGCCACGCCGAAGCCCACGAGACACAUCCGCGAGCAGCUCGCGCAGGAGACGGGUCUCAACAUGCGGGUCAUCCAGGUGUGGUUCCAGAACCGGCGGUCCAAAGAGCGGCGAAUGAAGCAGCUGAGCGCGCUCGGGGCCCGCAGGCACGCGUUCUUCCGCAGCCCGAGGCGGAUGAGGACGCUCGUGGACCGCCUCGAGCCGGGGGAGCUCCUCCCCAACGGACCCUUCUCCUACUACGGAGAUUAUCAAAGCGAAUACUACGGUCCUGGAGGCAACUACGACUUCUUCCCCCAGGGACCUCCGUCCUCGCAGGCGCAGACCCCCGUGGAUCUCCCCUUCGUCCCAUCCUCCGGUCCCACCGGUACCCCCCUGGGCGGCAUGGACCACCCCCUCCCCGGACACCACCCGUCGAGCGAGGUGCAGCGUUUCUCUGACAUCAUGUCGCACCAUCCCGGCGACUCGCCCAGCCCAGAACCCGGCAUUCCGGGACCCAUGCACAGCAUCUCCUCCGAAGUGUUCGGGCCUAGCCCGCCUUUUACCUCACUGUCCCUCAACGGCAGCGGAUACAACAACCACCUGUCACACCCGCCCUCAGAAAUGAACGAAGCCACGGUGUGGUAGCGAGAGAGCAAGAGAGAAAGAGAAAGAAAGGACAAACGACGAGGGGGGGGCACGGAGGGUGGGUGGGGCUGCUGGGCGGGCGAGACGUGGAGGGGAAGGCGACGGGGGCUCGGACUUGGAUGAAUUUUUGUCAUUUUAUUUUUUGCAAUUUUAUUUGACCACGCGGUUUCGUAAGGGAAAGGACACGCGGAAACGUCAGAGGUUGUAAGCGUUUGCGUUGGUGUUUCGUUGAUGUUCAGUCACUCCUUUCUCUACCAAUACGAGAGCAGAAACGACGCGAUGGACCCGGCUGGACUGCUCGCCCGGGUUCUCGCUCCUUCGGCUGUGAGCACAGUGACUCUGCUUUUAAGGUGCAACACAGCGACGCCCCACCUGAAACAUUUCAAUGCUCUGCUGGGGGGGGGGGGCGGUUGGGGGGGGAUCAUUCUGAAUUCAACCUUUUUUUUCCGGAACACAAAAACAUUGCUAGCUACUGUCAAAGACUAAACGGCUUCGUAUAAAAACACCUAGGACAAUAGGUUUUGUGGCCAGUGAUGUUGACUCCAGAACAGCUGAAAUGUGUCAGCCCUGUGUAUUUAUGGCACCAGACGUGUCCCUGGUAUUUAUCUGAAAGCUCCUCAGACCUCUUUGCCUUUCAAGGCUCUGCCAUAUUGACACUUAAACAGCUUUUUUUGAUGCUAAAUAUGUUUCUGAAGGGCAGGGGGACAUUUUCUUUUUCUAUCUUGGACUUUCUGUUUUUUUUUUUUUUUUUUUUUUCUUUCAAGAAUU